AUCAAAAACAAGAAAAAGGAAGAAGGAGAAGAACAUUCAUGUGAGGAGGCCAAAAAGGAGACCCUCCAUUCCGGCUUUUGGAGCCUCCACAAUCAUUUCGAAGACUCUGAUUUUUCUUUUUUGUUUUUGUUUUUGUUUUUAUUUUUCGCCAUGAAGAUCUCCAACUUCUUCCUCACAUGGGUCGCUCUGAAUCUUCAUGUUCUUCGCUUUUUUGCUUCUGCAUCUUCUGCGGCAGUUGCAGAAGACGACAUAAAGUGCCUCCGCGGCGUUAAGAAUUCGCUUGAUGAUCCUCUGGGAAAGCUCAGCUCAUGGGAUUUCAAGAACACCUCCGUCGGCAACCUCUGCAAGAAAUUCGUCGGCCUCUCCUGCUGGAACGAUCAGGAGAAUCGCAUUCUCAGCCUUGAGCUUCGAGAUAUGCAGCUCGCCGGUACGAUUUCCGGGGACUUGCAGUACUGUGUUAGCCUGCAGAAACUGGAUCUGUCCGGCAAUAGCUUCUCCGGCCCGAUCCCGCCGCAUAUUUGUAAGUGGCUUCCCUAUUUGGUUACCUUGGAUUUGUCCAACAACCACUUUUCCGGCCCUAUUCCGUCUGAUCUUGCCGGAUGUUCUUAUCUGAAUUCGUUGAUUUUGUCUAACAAUGAGCUUUCCGGGACAAUACCAGUUGAGCUUUCGAAUUUGGGUAGGCUUAGCAAAUUUUCUGUUGCAAAUAAUCAACUCACGGGUACGAUUCCCUCAUUUUUUGAUAAGUUUGGGAAGGAAGAUUUUGAUGGGAACAGUGACCUAUGUGGGGGGCCUGUUGGAUCCAAGUGUGGUGGAUUGAGCAAGAAGAAUCUUGCGAUUAUUUUAGCUGCGGGUGUGUUUGGGGCUGCGGCUUCUCUGUUGUUAGGUUUUGGAUUGUGGUGGUGGUAUCACUCAAGAAUGAGAAUGAAGAAGACAUUUGGGGACGGGCUUUGUGGGGAUUGGACUGAUAGAUUGAGAGCCUAUAAGCUUGUUCAAGUUUCCUUGUUUCAAAAGCCUCUUGUAAAAGUUAAAUUGGCUGAUUUGAUGGCUGCUACUAACAAUUUCAAUCCUGAAAAUAUAAUUGUUUCUUCUAGAACUGGGACUACUUAUAGAGCUGUUCUACCAGAUGGUUCUGUGCUCGCCAUAAAGCGGCUCAAUACCUGCAAGCUCGGCGAGAAGCUGUUUCAAAAGGAGAUGAACCGGUUAGGAUCGAUAAGGCACCCGAAUUUGACCCCCCUUUUGGGGUUCUGUGUUGUAGAAGAGGAAAAGCUCUUGGUUUAUAAGUAUAUGUCUAAUGGGACUUUGUUCUCUCUGUUACAUGGAAAUGUCGAGAUAUUGGACUGGCCAACUCGGUUUAGGAUCGGUUUGGGAGCGGCAAGGGGUCUUGCUUGGCUUCACCAUGGAUACGACCCUCCAUUCAUGCAUCAAAACAUAUGUUCUAGUGUAAUUCUUGUGGAUGAAGACUAUGAUGCUAGGAUCAUGGAUUUUGGAUUGGCAAGGUUGAUGGCCACGGAUUCUCACGACAGUAGUUUUGUCAAUGGAGAUUUAGGGGAACUCGGUUACAUUGCACCCGAAUAUCCGAGCACCAUGGUUGCUUCUCUAAAAGGAGAUGUUUAUGGAUUUGGGGUUGUGCUUUUGGAGCUGAUCACUGGGCAAAAACCUCUAGAAGUCACCAAAGCAGAGGAAGGUUAUAAAGGCAACUUGGUGGAUUGGGUUAAUCAGCUAAGUAGUUCGGGUCAAAUUAAGGAUGUUAUCGAUAAAAAUCUUUGUGGAAAAGAGAACGACGAGGAAAUCUUACAGUUUCUGAAAAUUACAAUGAACUGCGUCGUUCCUCGGCCCCGGGACAGGUGGUCUAUGUAUCAGGUUUAUCAGUCAAUGAAGACAAUGGCUAAAGACUACAGUUUCUCUGAACCAGAUGAUGAGUUCCCACUUUUGUUCGGCAAGGGAGAUAACGAACCCAUGUAGCUCCAUAGAAGUAUAUGGUGGAUGCAAAAACAUGAAAUAGAGGACUUGGGAUUUCUACAUCUUCUGGUUAAAACUUGUUAGGAUGUAUAUCAUCUAUGUUAAGGAGCCACUGAAAGAUCAAAUUUUGGUGUCUUCUUUCUUCUAUGAUCUGCACAAAUGCUGCUCUGGUUUUUCUCACCAGGUGCUAAUGGCUACUUGUUUCGAUAUCGACUACUCUCGAACCGUGCUUAUCUUCGGUUGCUUCUGUAUAAAUAUAUAAAUAAAUAAAUAAAUAAAUAUAUAUAUCACUAUAUGUAUUUAGAAGUGAAAAAUGUCUGCUUCUCAUCCUGUCAAUUGUCUUGAUGAGUUAGGCAUUGACUUUGAAACUUUCAAAUUCUGAAUUUGUUGUCUGUAUGAUUAUUA